CGAAAGUGGAAAGAGUCUCAACAUGGAACCGGUCUAUACAGUAAGAACGCAGCAGUAAAUGUUCUUAACGAUUACGUUUAUGUUGCCACAGUGAAAGAAGUUUUCAAAUGAACUGAAGUUAAUGUUGUUCAGAGAAAAUAAAGUUUUCAAGAAUCUGUCGUGUUGUUAAAAUUUGGUCACCCCUUAGCCGAAGCUAUCUAUUUUAUGCAGUACUAAUUAAAUUAAACAAUGGGGUUCGUUAAAGUUGUUAAAAAUAAGUCGUACUUCAAGCGUUUCCAGGUGAAAUUUAGGAGGAGGAGAGAGGGCAAAACAGAUUAUUAUGCUAGAGUCAAACUCGUCGUUCAAGACAAAAACAAGUACAACACUCCUAAAUAUCGCAUGAUAGUACGAUUUACCAACAAAGAUAUCAUAACUCAGAUAGCGUAUGCCAGAAUUGAAGGUGAUGUAAUUGUGUGUGCUGCGUAUGCACAUGAAUUGCCUCAAUAUGGCAUCAAGGUCGGGUUGACCAAUUAUGCUGCUGCCUACUGUGUUGGGUUAUUGUUGGCUAGAAGAUUGUUGCACAAAUUCAAUAUGGGAAGUAUCUAUGAAGGAUUAGUAGAAGCCAAUGGUGAAGACUAUAAUGUUGAAGACAUUGAUGGCCAGCCUGGAGCUUUCAGGUGUUACUUAGAUGUUGGUUUGGCAAGAACCACAACUGGGGCUAAAAUAUUUGGUGUUAUGAAAGGAGCUGUCGAUGGAGGGUUAGACAUUCCUCAUAGCAACAAGAGGUUCCCUGGCUAUGAUGCAGAAAGCAAGGAAUUCAGCCCUGAAGUUCAUAGAAAACAUAUCUUUGGACAACAUGUUGCUGAAUAUAUGAGAAUGUUAAUGGAUGAAGAUGAAGAGGCUUACAAAAAACAAUUCUCACAUUAUAUCAAGCUUGGAAUCACACCUGAUGAUAUGGAAGACAUGUACAAGAAAGCCCAUACUGCCAUUCGAGCUGCUCCUGAGCGAAAGGCCAAGCCUGAAAAGACUAUUGUUAAGAAGAGAUGGAGCCGUGCUAAGAUGAACUUAAAAGAAAGACGCAAUCGUAUUAAACAGAAAAAAGCUGCUGUUAUUCAAAAACUGGAAGCUGAAAAAGCAGAAUAGUUUUUUUUGUACCACCUAGAAAUAAAGAAAUGAAUUGUA